GGCCAUAUAUACUUUUAAAUAGUUUUAAGUCGUAGUUUUUUUGGAAAGCAUUUCGCCCUGGAGCGGUGCGCAAUGCUAUCGCACGCCGACCUCCUGGAUGCUCGCCUCGGUGAGUUAUCGUCACCAAACUCCGGUCUUCAACUCUACUGGAUGAAGGAUGCCGCGGAGCUUCUCGGACACAGGGAGGCGUUGAAGUGCAGACUCGGAGCCGGUGUAUCUGACCCCGGGCAUCCGGGCGAUAUAGCCCCGGGUCCCGACACUGUUGAAGGAGCGACACUUCUUUCUGGAGACGACAUAAACAAUGCUGGAUCAAACCCUUCCGGUAUGCAGGUCAACGCAAAGGAGCAGGAAAAACAACAGCAGAAUCCCAGCCAGUCAGCUGCUCAGCAAAACCAACAGAAACAGAAGCGGCACCGGACCCGCUUUACUCCCGCCCAGCUUAACGAACUCGAAAGAAGCUUCGCCAAAACCCAUUACCCAGACAUCUUUAUGAGGGAGGAACUGGCGCUAAGGAUCGGUCUUACAGAAUCACGCGUGCAGGUUUGGUUUCAGAAUAGACGUGCCAAAUGGAAGAAGAGAAAGAAGACCACCAACGUUUUCCGAGCUCCGGGCACCUUGCUGCCCACUCACGGCUUGCCACAGUUCCCUUCUGCGGCGGCUGCAGCAGCGGCGAUGGGAGACAGCCUCUGCUCUUUCCACGCCAAUGAUACACGCUGGGCCACCGGGAUGCCUGGCGUGUCUCAGCUGCAGCUCCCGCCCGCUUUGGGCCGACAACAGGCUAUGGCCCAGUCCCUGUCGCAGUGUAGCCUGGGAGCCGGUCCGCCGCCCAACUCGAUGAGCCUUUCCAAUAUGUCCUCUAACGGCUCAGGGCUACAGUCACACCUCUACCAGCCCACAUUCCCGGGCAUGGUGCCAGCCUCCCUCUCCGGCGCUUCUAAUGUGACCGGCUCGCCCCAGCUCUGUGGCUCUCCGGACAGUGACGUCUGGAGAGGGACAAGCAUCGCCUCGCUGCGCCGCAAAGCGCUGGAGCACACGGUCUCCAUGAGCUUCACCUAAUGAGAACGACUGCUGUUGCCAUUUUUUCUUUGUCGUCUCAAUAACACACUGGGAAAACAACUCAGGAUGUGAAUUUUUUCAUGUGAAAAUGGGGGAAAAAUGAGACUGGCUAUGUGCAACAGUUCAACGGCACAUCUGGCGUAAAGGAAGCGGAUCAUCUCCAAUUUUAACACCCGUACUCUUGACUUUGCUUCAGCUUAUCUCAAGAUGUCUAUCUAUUAAUUGCCAUCCUUAUUUAUGUAAUUAUGAGUUUGUUUAUUUAUGUAUUCAUUGAUUAUUUUAAAGUAGUGCAUUUGCCGUGACUGCACUGAACUAAUUAGAUGAAGACAGACACGUUCAUUGUGUUUGAUUUAAGUUACUUUGGGAAAAUUAUUGUGUUAUAUGUAAACUCUAAACUCACCUGCACUGCGCCCACAAAGGGGCGAAGGGUACGAGUAGAAGUGCACGUGGUUGAUUAAAUCCCGGAUGUAUAGCCUGAGUGUGGCCGGAAUGGGCAAAAUGCUUUUUUAAAAACGUGUCAAAAUUGGAAGAAAAUCAGCAACUUUCAUGAGAGAAUCCGCGAAGUAUCAUAGUUGUUUGCAUGUGCUGGCCAAGUAAAACGUUUGGGGAGGUAUUAAUUUUAAAACGAGAAAAAUACAUUUUAUUAACCUGUCAUAUGGGAUAUUUUGUGUAGAUAAAACAUUCUUGUUUACCUUAUGGUCGAUUUGUGAUAUGUUCUAACUUAUUGUCUGUGCUUAUUAUUGAGACUUGGUUUCUUAAAUGUUUGAUCCCAUAUCAGAAACAUUUUUUUUCCUGGACAGGUUUAUAUCAGUUUAAUGUAAAUGGAUAAAUAAAAUCAUUUUCAAUAUGUCACAUUA